CUUAACCCCGUCCCCUCCCCACUUUUUUCUCCGAGCAAUUCUUCUACAUCAUUGCGACAUUCAAUGAUUCUUUCAUAUACCCACUGCCUGCCCUCAAUUCUACCAAACUAACCACUCCCCCCUCUCCCCAAAACCCAGAAAACCCCCAAUACCUCACCAGAAUGCCCCACGCCGACAGCUCCUACUUCGGCCCCUCCGCCUCAAAACCCGAAAUCUACUCCCAAGUCCUCUCCCAAGCCGAAGGCCUCCUCUACGGCCAACGCAACUGGGUCUCAAACCUCUCCAAUGUUGCCUCCCUCCUCUGGCACGCCUACGCCGCCCUCCCUUCCCCGCUCUCCGCCGUAAACUGGGCCGGCUUCUACAUCCGCCAGGAUAAGUUCCCAAAUCCCAAUACCCAAGGCCAAUCCCAGGAGCAGCAGAAAAAGCUAUGGCUGGGCCCGUUCCAGGGGAGACCGGCGUGCCAGGAGAUUCGGUUUGGGAGGGGGGUUUGUGGGACUGCGGCGGAGAAGGGGGAGACGGUUGUUGUGGGUGAUGUUUUGCAGUUUCCAGGGCACAUUGCCUGUGAUGCGCAGUCUAGGAGUGAGAUUGUGGUUCCUAUUCUCUCUCAGGGAGAGACUGUGGCUAUUAUUGAUGUUGAUUGUACGGAGGUGGAUGGGUUUGAUGAGGCUGAUCGGAAGUUUUUGGAGGAGCUGGCGGGGCUUUUGGCCAAUUCUUGUGAUUGGUAAUACGUUGGUUAGAGAUGGGAUUGGGGAUAAUUUUAAUUAAAGAAGACAAUGUACAAUGUGGAUUUAUGAGAAUGGAGUAUGAAGCUAAAUACCAGAUUCAGAU